ACCUCAACACUGAGGUACCGCAGACGACAACUGCAAGCGGACGACAUCUAUGAGCAGACGACACACACGGCGAACAAGCGGCGGGAGCAGGUGACGACAAGUAGGAUUCGAGCGAAGCUCGGACUUUGCCUGCGUUCUAUUUGGUUCCGAACAGGGGCAUCGAUCUUCCGAUCCCGAGGCGGAAUCGGGGUUCUGGCAAUUCGUGGCAAAUAUGUGCCUCCUGUGGAUUUCUAUUUCAAGGAACUUGUUUAAAGUCGUUGAUUUGCGUCGUAGUCGUUCGAGAGUUUUCUCUGAAAAGGCCAACAAUACUUGUUAAUUAGAUGGGGACAAGACAUCGAACCUGACUUAAGGUUUUCGAGUUUUUCUUCUUACUUGAGGGAUUUCCAAACCCUAAUGUGACACUCUACAGGUCAGUGGAUAUCAAUUCAGAAAGUGAAUGUCCCUAUACAUUGUGGAAGUUCAUGCUGAACAGUCAUUCAUCAAACUUACAAAGUUACUUCUCAAGAUCGGGUGUAACCUUUUCAGCCUCGGAUAUUCGUGACAUGCAAAUGUCGGAUAUAAGUUCCUAUAAACAGCAACAGCUUGUGUGCGCUUGGAUAUGGCUUGCAAUUAAAUGUGGAUUAUGGUCAAUGAUAAUCAAAUUUGAUUGAUUCAGUGGACCUGUGGCUGAGGUGUCGUCCAGCAGGAGUAACAGCGUGUGAUCUGGUUUCAAUCCCCGUCCCGCAGUUAAUCACUGACAGCAUGAAGAUCUCCCCCAGGAUGCCUGAAGACUCCCAAGAUCUCCUGGUGCUCAGUGUGAAUAGACGGAACCAAUGACCUUGACUCGCGUCAAGUCUCUUCAUUGAAAUAGCAUCGACUGUAUAAUCUCCGUAAUCAGCAACUUGAGGAUUAAUUAAAUGGACAUGAGGGUGAUUAGCAUGGGAAGAUACCCUAAUUCAAUAGGGACUGCGAUGCAGAUAAAGACGAUCACGCACUGAAGCCCAGCCGACUGCCCAGUAAUCACGUGUGGUGAGGUUUAUAGAGAUAGUCGUUGGAUGCCUGCCAUACCCAGAUGCCCCAGCUGUGACCUUGACUCGAUGUGGAUGCCGUUACCUGAGUCGACCAGUGACUUUCGUCACUACCUGUGUUGGGCGAGCUGUGUUGGGCGAGCUGUGUUGGGCGAGCUGUGUAGGGCUAGGUGUUCAAAUUUAGUAUUGUUACUAAGAAACCAGCAUCCAUGAUAGCGAUGUAAAUGUUCAGUCCGAUCAUUAAUCAGUGGGAAUACGGCAACUUGCACCAUGGGACUAAAAAUAAAGAAAACAAAUUUAUAAAUCAAGUUAAAUUACUAGAAACAGUGCCUCUUUACUCGAGAUCCGAGACCAAAGCCGAAGGUCCCUGAAUCUCAGUGAUUCUCUAUGGUUUUAAUCUGGCGAUGAGAGGGUAGGGAUGAUGUCAGGUCCAGCAGUUGGGAACCACCCAACACUUACUCUCAAGUUGAUAAACACACACGUGAAUGAACAGAUCAACGUUAGCCUUUUUCUUCAGUUUUUUAAAAGGGCAAAUUAAAGAUAAUCAAAUCACCAAGAGCUAGUGCUCUUCUUCACGAGAGCCGUGGUUCGGAGAAGGGACGUGUGCUGAUCAUUCCUGGGAUCUCAUUGUGACAUGUCUGACUUGGAGAUGGGGCGACUCCGUGGACCAGUGCCAGACACGUGUUCCCUGCUGCGAGUCCUGACCUACGCCAGUGUGUGCACAUGCCUGCUGAACUUGUCCGUCCUGGUGGUCUGUUUGUCUGCAGGCCGAUGGGUGUUUGGGGAGGCGGUGUGUCAAGUUUUUGCAUUCGUCAGUCACGUGACCGUGGGGGGUUCGGCGUGGCUCCUUGCCCUGACGGGGCUAGAAAGAUACUACAAGUUGUUCCUGCCAGCGGAGCACCAGUGUAUUUUCUCCGACAUCAACACCCGCAUCUUGGUGAUCGGCAUCUAUCUGCUCGUGGCUGUCAUCGUCACCAGUCCCUUGUACGGCUGGGGCGAAUACACGGAGUUCAGGGGAUAUUUUCAUCUGACGAUUUCCCUGAGUGAGGCAGGUAGUGAGGACCAGACCUCUCUGUCAUCCAACACCCCGGUCUCCAACACAAGCCAGUCCAACCUGACCACCAGUAACACCACGGCCUACUGUAUGCUGACAGACACCAGCCCUGGGGCGCUGCCAGUGGACGAGCUGAACAUCACAGAAUUCACGCAGAUAAUACAGUCAAGUCUCAAGAUGCGGUGGGGUAUCCAAGCUCGUCUGUGGUCAUUCGGACCCAAUCUGACGUACCUGCUCCGAGCACAGUCCACGUCCAGCCUGCAAACCUUCAUCCGGAGCUACCACGACAGCAGCGUCAGCGGCCACCUCCUCGCUGCCGCCUACACCGACUGCGACUGUCAGUCACAAGGCAGGUUUCUGUGUGAGAGUAUCCAUGUCAACCUGACAGAAGUGGAGGAGUACCGGUCCAUCUUCCUACCUUUUCAAAGUCCUAUGAUAUGUUCAAUAGACUUCACAACAGUCAACAAGGCGGGAGCCGGGUGGUUGGCCUUCUUCGUCUUGACCACCGCCGUCAUGCCGUUUGGGUUCAUGAUCGUCAUGGCGACAGUUAUCAUGGUCCAGUGGCGCCAUAUUCCCCUGGACGUAUCGCGGAGUGACUGUGUGCGGACUGGCCGCCUCCUGGUGGGGUCGGGGAUAUGUGCACUGUUAUAUUCUCCUUAUUUCGUUGUGAACAUUGUCAACUCUUUAAAAGUUUACAUAUCACCUCCUAUCCACGAGAUUGCACUCUUCAUCUAUUACUCGUGUUUCAUCGUGCCUUGUAUCAUGUGUGGUGAUAAGAGCUGUUUGAGGAGAUCGUCCACAAACCGCUCACCGCCAUCCCAAAAAGGAAGUAUGGAGGAUAUAGAGUUCCAGUUACUCCAGACAGCACAGAUAUGAUUCGUGCACAGAAGUGGUUUGAUUUAAAGACUCGUGGUCCAUUCGGGGAUACUACCCGCGUCGGGCACACACUUAGCAUGGUCACCAGGUGCGGCUUCCCUGGCCGCCGAGGUCCGGUGCGGUGUCAUCGAUCACAGGACGAAGGAGCGAGGUUCGAAAAUAUUCAACUGUUCAAAGCCUGACAAACAUCGUUUCAUGUUAUGAAACCAAUACCAAUUGUGAAAGGUGUGAGAAUAUUCCGCCAGUUUUCUCGUCAUCUAAGUAGAUGUUAGUGAAAGCCAAUGGUAAGAGGGAAUUUCGGCAUAGGACUCUCUGGUCAGAAGUGUUUAAGGUCUGGAAACAGGCCGAAGUUAGUUUGUGCUUAUUAGAACGGAAACGUAACGAGGUGACAGUGGAUGUUCGCGGGUCUGGCACAAUGAGGACGAAAAGCCUUGGAAUUUCAGCAAACUGCCAUGAUUUUCAUGUGUGUGUUAUGAAGCUGUUUCUUACUUGUGAAACCGAGGCAUACACUAAUGUAUAAUCGCCUUGGACCGAAUGACGUUGGUUUGCAUUAAUUGGAAGAGACAAAAUGAUCUUAUUGUUUCCCUCGAAUUAUUUGGAACCAUAUUUUGAUAUUGAACCACUUGGUAUCGUGUGUAUUAUGUCGUGAACAAAGUGGAACCCAUGUAUGGUGACCUGAGCUAAAUUUAGCCGAGGUAUGGUGACCUAAACUAAACUGAACCGAGGUUUAGUGUUAUGAACCAAGUGGACCCGAAGACUGUGACCACAUUCAUGUGCGCACCAAGUCAGAACCUCUGUCAGGAUGGUUCCACCAUUGGGAAUUGCAAGAUGGGUGUUCUGAUAUAACAUCACUUGCACCCGUCAAAGGAUGUUCGUGUACCGACUGUGCCAAUUGCCGAAGUUCUGGUGUAAAACUGAACUGAACCCAUUGUAUAAUAUUACGACAUGAACCUGAAGGGAGCGUACUGUAUGAACCCAUUGUAACGAGUGAGCCCUCUUCCAAACUGGAUUCCCCCAUUGCCAUGAUGACCUGUGGGGUUGCCAGGUGCACCAGGUUUGGAAACACGGAACUACAGAAGAAGAGUGACAAGCGUUGUGUCCUCACUUCAACACCAAAGGCAUUGCCAGGACACGUUACUUGUGUCGGACAUUCUAUCAACACAAUAGAAACAUAAUCAGGCCUAUAGCAUGAAAACCUAAACAGCACUAGUUUUCCAGAGGCCAAACAUUAAAGGGAAAUAUAUAGGAUGUAUUCUUGGUAUCGUUUAGACGAAACAGAUAACCUCAUUACUAGAACCCAAUGACUGAAAUAGUGCUGAACUGCAAUGUGUCCUAUAUAUGAUUUUAAUGACAUUGGUAUCACGUCGGUGUAUCAUGUGUUGACCCUGGUCAGAGUUAGGCAUCAUCUGGAGCAUCACAUUCAUGUCAGCCGGAGAUCUUGGACUGGGCAGACAUGGCCGGUCACAUGCUCGUAAAUAUAGAAAUACAAUUACAAUAAUGAAGAUCGAUUGAUGAACAGACAGCGGGAGAUGAGGCACCUGUGACCGACACACGACCCGUGCUGAAACUACGUACACAGGCACCCUGCAGACGUAAUGUCCAUGGUGGUGCAGUAUAGGUACAUGGUGGUGCAGUAUAGGUACAUGGUGGUGCAGUAUAGGUACAUGGUGGCUCAGUAUAUGUACAUGCUGCAGUAUAGGUACAUGAUGGCGCAGUAUAGGUACAUGGUGGUGCAGUAUAGGUACAUGGUGGCGCAGUAUAUGUACAUGCUGCAGUAUAGGUAUAUGAUGCAGUAUAGGUACAUGAUGCAAAAUAGGUACAUGAUGGAGCAGUAUAUGUACAUGAUGGUGCAGUAUAUGUACAUGCUGCAGUAUAGGUA